CCGUUUGGCGAGAGAGAGAGGGAGGGGCUGGCUCACUGCAACUGGACGGGAAGUGAUGUUACAUUGAUUGUGAAGAGGGUUAAUGCAACAAAUGGAUCGAAAGGAUUUAGUAAACCCAAUUUAGUGAGUUUUUUUGUUUGUUAAUCAACCAAUUGUCAUCGCUUUUGAGAGGACGCUUCUACACGAAACACCAAUAAGAAAGUGACGCACAUACACUGGUCUGAAAUAAGCACUCACUAUGUCUGAUGGGGACUAUGAUUACCUCAUCAAAUUCCUAGCCCUUGGUGAUUCUGGAGUGGGGAAAACCAGCUUUCUGUACCAGUACACAGACAAAAAGUUUAACUCCAAAUUCAUCACUACAGUGGGCAUUGAUUUCAGAGAAAAACGAGUGGUAUACAAAUCAAAUGGUCCAGAAGGGGCAGCAGGCAGAGGACAGAGGAUUCAUGUUCAGCUGUGGGACACGGCGGGGCAGGAGAGGUGUUUUUUCUUGUGUGGUGUCAGAUUUCGGAGUUUGACAACAGCUUUCUUCCGAGAUGCGAUGGGCUUCCUCCUCCUCUUUGACCUCACCAAUGAGCAGAGUUUCCUUAAUGUCAGAAAUUGGAUGAGUCAAUUACAGAUGCAUGCUUACUGCGAGAAUCCAGAUGUUGUUCUCUGUGGCAACAAGUGUGACCUGCAGGAGCAGAGGGCAGUCCGUGAAGAUGAGGCCCGUGAGUUGGCAGAGAAGUAUGGAAUCCCUUACUUUGAGACAAGUGCAGCUAACGGGCAGUUUGUUAGCCAGGCUGUGGAUGUCCUACUGGACCUCAUCAUGAAGAGGAUGGAGCGCUGCGUGGACAAGUCCUGGAUCCCUGAUGGAACCGUGCGAUCCAACGGACACAGUGGUCACACAGACAUCACAGAGCCCAAGACCCAGGAGAAYGGCAAAUGUGCUUGUUAGGGUCCACAUACAGAUAAUGGUUGCACCUUCAGUGAUGUUUUGGUAGGACUGGGCUGUAUGGCAUGUGAUGAAAGGCAUGUAACAUUUGUAAAUCAAUGGUGUCAUAGGAAGUUUUGGCAAGAUGGGGGGAGGGGGGUGUGUAUGACGUGCAAAGCUGAAAGUAACCACCAACCCCUGCCAAAUGUACCAGAGCAUUAUUAUGUUUUGUUAAUUUGAUUAUGCCAUUUGGAGUGGUGCCUCUCCAUUCACGUGUCAAUUAAGUGCCUUUAUGUUUUCAUUUCAGAUAAUAUUAUAUGUAUUUUAAAUAGUGAAACAUAAAAGUGUAUUGUAACUAUUUUCUAAGAUCCAGUAGAAAAGUGAGAAGCCACUGAAAGUUGUAUUAGUUGAGAACACUUCCCUGUGUAUUAAAGGGAACCCAUCCUUAUUACAUUGAACUUUUUGACACAGGAUAUUUUUGUCACAAUGCACUUCCAUUUAUUCUUGUACAAUGUAAAAGUCCUGAGCACAUGCAAUCUGUAGUGAAUAGAGUGAUUUAUUGUGUAGGCCUGCUCUGUAGUAUCUGAGUAGCAGUCAUUUGGGGUCUUUCUUUUUAUCACGAUGUCGGGAUCUUGGGGCUAUCAGAAAUGUUUGAGGUUCCACGUAAAUCAAUGCUGAUUUUGUUCACUCAUAUCAUACAAUGUGCAUUAAAUCUGCRGUAUUCUGUCAAACACUGUUUUUAUGUCAAAUAUGUUAACCAUAUCCUUUAUUCCAGAAAAUAAAUAUAUUUUAUUAUUUAUUAAA